UUAAUUCUGCUUUCUCUCCACUGAGAGACUGGCAGACCUGCUGGGUUUCUCCGGCACUUUGUGAUUUUAUUGCGGAUUUUCAGCAUCCACAGUUCUUUUAUGUUUCUCCUCCUUCCCAGCCCACCCCCCGUUCAGAUUGAAAAGGGAUUCAGCUUCGAGAGCUGUGUCUGUGGCGCUGUGAGCGGCUAAAGUUCACAGCAUUGGCUGAGUCCAAGCCACGACCUCCUUUGUCCCCACUGAAAGGACUUUAUCCUUUUCACAGCUGCUCUCUCUCUCUCUCUGCCUGACCGACUGGAGCAGUCCAUGAAGUGAAUCUACAAACUUUGGCAGUGGAUCCGGGGAGAUCGAAGGAAAUCUGUACCGACUCUCAGUUGCUGCUGAGCCCUCCUGCUGUUGCGGACAAAUUGCCUCCAAUGGCAGCGCUGAAUGUGUGGAUCGUGGGCACAUUGGCAGCUCUCUCUCUCGGCUUGUUCUUGCUGCUAAAAAUCAGGAGAAGAAGAGAGGGAGAGCCUCCCAUAGAAAACGGUUGGAUUCCAUACAUUGGUUGUGCUCUAGAAUUUGGUGCUAAUCCUCUGAAGUUUCUGCAAAUUCGCCAGAAGAAAUAUGGAGAUGCUUUUACAUGUAAAAUAGCUGGGAACUUCAUCACUUUCAUCACUGACCCCUUCUCAUACAGCUCUGUAAUUCGACAUGGAAAAAAUCUAGAUUUUCAGACCAUUGCAUUAAAAAUUUCAAGACGGGUGUUUGGACAUGCAGAUUUUACGGAUGCUAAAUAUGGGAUAAGCUAUGAUGAAAUUCAUCAAAUCUUCAACAAGACUCUGCAGGGAAUCUCUUUGGGCCCUCUAACCUCAAGCAUGAUGGAAAAUCUCCAAUUUAUAAUGUUACAAGACAAGAAAAUAUCAGAUUCUAGAAACUGGAUCACUGAAAGUCUUUAUGAAUUCUCAUACAAGAUAAUGUUUGAAGCUGGGUAUUUAACACUAUUUGGAAAAAAUGAACAAGUGAUGAAACACAAUAAGACUGAAAAGAUAAAGGCUCAGCACGCUGCCGUUCAGUCUGUCAUGGAGAACUUUAAGGUGUUUGACAAUGCAUUUCCUCUUUUAGCUGCUGGUAUUCCAAUUUUAUUUUUGAAAGUUGCCAAGCAAUCAAGAAUGGCUCUUGCACAAGCAUUACUGCACAAAAACCUAAAACAGAAUGACAAUAGAUCGAGCCUCAUAGAGGAAAGAAUGGCACUUUUUGAUCGUUCCCCUGAACUUGAUGAACUUGGCAAAGGGAAGACUCAUACCACAAUGCUAUGGGCCUCACAGGCAAAUACACUGCCUGCUGCCUUCUGGAGUGUUUAUUAUUUACUAAGGUCUCAAGAAGCACUGAAAGCAGUGAAAAAUGAAAUUGAAAACUUGCUCUGUGUGACAAAUCAGAAGCCUGGUGACAUUAAUAAUCCGAUUAUCUUCACAAGGGAACAAUUAGACAGCAUGACAGCUAUGGGUAGUCUAAUAAAUGAAAGUCUACGCUUAUCAAGUGCAUCAAUAAUGCUGCGUGUUGCUACUGAGGACUUUGUCCUAACUCUGGAUGGUGGUGCAAAGCUGGCUAUUCGAAAAGGAGACCAAAUUGGUUUAUAUCCUCAACAACUGCAUUUUGAUCCAGACAUUUAUGAGGAUCCCUUGGUAUUUAAAUAUGACAGAUUUAUGGAUGAAAAUGGAAGAGAGAAGACCACAUUCUACAAAAAUGGUAGAAAGCUGAAAUACUACCUCAUGCCUUUUGGUUCUGGAACCAGUAUGUGUCCUGGUCGCUAUUUUGCAAUCAAUGAGAUCAAACAGUUUCUGGCUUUGUUGCUGUGUUAUUAUGACAUGGAGCUGCUUGAUGCCUCAGCACCUAUUCCAUUACUUGACAACUCAAGGGUUGGAUUUGGAAUUCUGCAACCUUCACAUGAUAUUCAGUUUUGUUAUCGUAUGAAAUAAUAAUGGUAUAGUGACUCCACAGAAGGCUGAAAUUUAAAAUGUCUCCUUAUGGAAACACAGCUUUUCCCUAUUAAUACCUAAAUUAAUAACAACUCAAAAUAAAAAAAAAAUUAAGGCACAAAGGAGACUAAAAAAUAAUAAUCUCACCUAAUCUCAAUUUUUAACUCUUGGUUUGCAGGUCUGUCAAGUACGGCACAUUGUAGCCAGAUAUCUUUUCAACACAAUGUGAGUUUCUGCCUUUAGCACACUUUCAGGCAAUGACUUCCAAGCUCCCACCAUCCUCUGGAUGAAAGUAUUUUUCCUCAGCGCCCUGUGAAUCCUACCUCCAAUGACCUUAAAGCUGGUUAUUGAUCUCUCUGCUAAGAGAUGUAAAUUAUUCAGAUCCAUUCUGGCUGGGAACCUUGAUAAUUUCAUACAUCUGAAUGUCAUCUUCCCUCACCUUCUUUUCCUCCAAAGAACAUGACUCCAGCCUAUCCAAUGUUUCCUAUUAGUUAAAAAUCACCAUUCCUAGCAAACAUUAUUGUGAAUGCCCUGUGUAUCCUCUCUGGCGAUAAUAGCUGUGUGCAGUAUUCUAACUGUGGCUCAACUACAACUUUAUACUGUUCGAGCAUAACCUCUUUGCUUUUAUGCUUUAUGUAUUAGUUAAUAAAGGGAGGUCUUCCAUGUACAAACAUACAAAUCAUACAACACCAGGUUAAAGUCCAACAGGUUUAUUUGGAAGUACAAGCUUUCAGAGCGUCGCUCCUUUGUCAGGUAACUAGUACUUCCAGAUAUACCUGUUGGACUAUAAUCUGGUGUUGUGUGAUUUGUAACUUUGUCCACCCCAGUCCAACACCGGGACCUCAAUAUCAUGUACAAACAUAUACAAUCUAUGUUUUCAUAACCAGCUUAUCUACUUAUUCAAUUCUCUUUAAGAAUCUAUGGACAUACACUCCAAGAUCCAUUUGUUUUGCUAAUUUUUCAGUACCAUGUUGUAGUACCCUGUCUUCGCUCAGUAAUUAUUUUCCUUAUUUCCUCUCCCCACAAUUACAAUGCCAUACAUUUCUCCAGAUUAAUUUCCAUUUGCUAAUUUUCUGUCCUACUUAACAGUCCAUUGAUAUCUUCCUGCAGAUAUUUUUCUUCCCCACUAUGAGUAUGUAAUCAAAUUUUAUAUUACCUCAAACUUCUUCAUCAUUCCCUUAAGUUUAAGUCUAAACUGCCAAUAUAUACCAUGAAGUACAGGGGACCAGGUACUGAGCCCUAUGAACCCUGCUGGUAACAGCCUUUCAGUCAUAAAUACCCAUUGACCAUUAUCCCAUUCUUCUUGCCUCUGAGCCAGUUUUGGAUCCAAUUUGCCUUGAAUCCAAUGGUCAUCCACUGUUCUGAUCACAUGCAACCUUAUCAAAGUUAAAAAUCACACAACACCAGGUUAUAGUCCAACAGAUUUAAUUGGAAGU